AUGUAAAGACAAGUUUAUAUAAGUCCUGAGAGAAUGGUCGUUGAAAAAUUAGAAAAGUAUCCUGCUUUAAAUUCAGAUCCAAAUUAUGAUCAUUGUAAUGUAGUUGAUAAAAUAAUCAAUAGCACGAUUUCAAGAGAUUGAAGCUGAAUUCAAAACCUUAGACAUUGAUUAAAGUGGAUGGUUAUCGUUGGCUGAAUUGGAAUUGCAUCUUAAGAGAAAGGGUUGUGAUCAAAAUUUGAUCUAAGAAAUCUUUAACGAAUUAAACACUAACCAAGAUUAAAAGAUAUCAAAGGAUGAAUUCACACAUGGUUAUCUAAAUAAAGAAUCUAAUCUAAAAGAAGAUAUUAAAUAGAUUGAAAUUAAAAUUAAACUUUUGAGAACCUAAGAAGAAGAUAUCAAAUCUAAACUAACUUAAACUAAUUGUUCAUAACUUAUAAUUACAUUACAAUCAGGAUGUUUAAGUUAAUUUUAUCGUUCAGAAGAUGAUGUUAUUAAAGCUUAUAAAUAAAUUGAAGUUAUAUUCCAUUGCAAUGAAGCUUAAGAUGGCAUUGAGAGAAUAAGUAAACCAAGUCUAAAUUGUGAAUUUCCUGUUUGGGGAGAUAAAUUUAACUACUCUCUCAAUUAAGUUUCUGAAAUUACAAUAUCAAUUGAAUUAAUAGAAAUAGAUAAAUUAGAUAAGCAAUCAUUAGGAAAAAUCAUUCUAAAAAAGAUUUUGAAUUCUGAAUUUGACAAACAAGAGAAAAUCAUUUUUGAAAAUGUUGGAGAAGUCAUUCUUUAAAUUCAAUUUAUCAAAGAUUGGGUAAGAGUUAUUAUUUUAAAUAUAAUAGAAUGAAUAAGUAUCAUUUUAAGUUUCAUUUUAUGAAAACUGUAUUAACUAAUAUUUAGAAGAAAUCAAAUAAAUUAAGAAGAAAUUAUUUUUUAUGAAAUAAUUAUAUACUAAUAGUAGUUCUAUUCAUUAUAAAAGUCUUAAAAUUAAGGAAUCAUAACCAUAAUCUGUUAGAUUAUCAUAAAUUUAAGAAACAUCUUAAAAAAAUACAAAUUCCCAAUUUCCAUAAAUUCCAAUAUAUUUAACUCAUUAAAUGGUUUAAGAAGUACAAGUAACUAAUUCAAUAAAACCAUAAAAUUAAUUAUCUAAUAGUAAAAUAUUUUAAGAAAAUCAAUUAAUAAAUAGUGGACAAAGUAAAUAAUUAUAUAAUCCUUCAAUAUAAUAAUAAAUAAUUACUUAAAUAGAUUAAAAUAUAAAACCUAAUUAAAAUUAAUUAAAAUAGGCAGAAUCUAUUUAAAUGGAUUAUACAAUCUAAAAUAAUAUUAUAGAUGCAUUUAAUUUAUUUAAUCAUGAUUAAACAGAAUCAGAUGAUUUAUGUUUAAAUUUAGAAUAAUUUCCUAAUGAUGAUAAAUAUAAAAUGAUAUAUGUAUUAAUUGGAUUAAUUACUUUGAAUAUAGCCUAUUCUAGAUGUGAUUUUUUAGGUUUAAUACUUCUUUUAUUGACAAUACCUUAUCAGUAAAAAAAAUGGAAUCCUUAAUAAAUAAACUUUUAUACAAUUGGAAUGAUUAUUUCUGCAAUUAUGGAUAUUUAUUGGUAUAUUUCUAUUCUAUUAUUAAGGUUAUAUAAAUUUUUCAAUUGUUUUUCUGAAUCAUAUUAAUGCAAUAAUUAAUAUGGAUUUGUCUUAGCCAUUUAUUUAUUUUGUUUUCUUGCCUUAUUAGGAAAACUCUACACAACAUAUAAAAUACGUUCUUAUUAAUGA